AUGCGAUUUGACCAGCCACCGGGACAGCAGCCAGCAAGCCAGCCAGCGAGCCCGCGCCAGCGCCAGCAGCAGAAGACACGCCAGCUUCGUCUUCGUCCCCAGCUCCCACCACCACCACCAACACCAGCACAUACAGCCAGCAUCUACACCUACAACAACCACCAGCGGACAGGACGAGGACACGAACCAGGAGCAGAGGUCAAUUGGUCUUCUCUGCCCGAGACGGAGACGCAGCCCGACUCGCCGGCUUUCACGUUGACGUCCUCGCUGCAGCCCGUGUUUCCCGCCGUGUCGCCCUCUGCUUCCACCCGCCCUGACGAGACCCACGACCGCCACGACCAGUCUACGAUAUCAACAUCAACUUCUGCCCGGCCGUCGAGGCAGCGCCAGCGACGCCACCAGAGACGAGCUGCCCUGCUCAAAUCCACCGGCCAGAGUCCCUCCUCGCCCGACCAGAAACACGCUCACACACACACUCACACUCACACUCACACUCAGCAGACCAGACAGGACCCCCAGCUACAGACUCCUCGGAGACAGACACCGCCUCGCCGGCAGCUCACCCUUGAUUCCAUAGAGCAGAGGCUCGAUAAUACCCGGCAGGAGAAGGAGGAGGAGGAGGAUCCCCAGGGAGCUCGUCUGGGCAGCACUCGGCAGGGCACCACCACUGCUGCGUCGUCCUCAUACUGGCCGGCGCAGAGCACCAGGGUCUCCCCCAGCACCACCUCGGCCAUCCUCUGGGUGCUCGAAGAAGCCAUCCGCACCCCUUACCCUUUCACUCCGGACCUGGCAGAGCUCAACGCGUCCAUGUCGGAGCUCUUCGAAACCCGGGCAGAUGUUCCCAACGGCCGCGGCAGCCAGCAUCACCGCAACAACAACAACGGUGUAGCCGUUGCCCCCAGCGGGAACGGGAUGGGACCCGGGCAGCCUCUGGCCUUACCUGUGCCUGCUGCACCCACCACUGCCACUGCCACUACCACCCAUCCAGCCAGCGGUGUUCGCACCCCAACCGACAUCAUGAGACGGCGGCGGGAGCGUGAGCGGGCACAGCUCAAGGCCGAGCAGGAGGCCAAGCUGAGAGAAGAGCAGCUACAGAAGCAGGCUCAGCAGCAGCUACAAGCUCAGGCUCAAGCACAAGCUCAAGCACAGGCCCAGGACCAAGCACAUGCACAUGCACAUGCACAACAGUCCGUCCCAAACAUCACAGUCUCCCAGGAGCCUAGCCAACGGCAGGGAGGCAGGCAGGAUACCGUCCGGAUAGUUGCAGACGACCAGCAGAGGCCCACCGGACAGCGAUCGAACAUCUCCCAGGCGGCCAAGUUGGCGACGGGCGGUUCACAGCAACAGCUACCAGACAGCUCAUCCAGACCUCAGGCUAGUCAAUCUGCGGCAGGCGGCCAACAGCAGCAAUCAUCUAGGGGUAAAGCAGCGUUCCCUCACGCCUUUGAACGCUGGGAGAUGCUCUCCUCCCACUGGGAGGGCCUUACCAGCUACUGGAUCCGUCGUCUGGAACAGAACAACGAAGAACUCAGCAAAGACCCGCUCAGCCAGCAGAUGUCUCGACAGGUGACAGACCUCUCUGCCGCUGGAGCCAACCUGUUCCACGCCGUUGUCGAGCUGCAGCGUCUCCGAGCCUCGUCCGAACGCAAGUUCCAGCGCUGGUUCUUCGACACCCGGGCCGAGCAGGAACGCGCUCAGGAGGUGCGUGCAGAGCUGGAGCGUAUGCUAAGCUCCGAGCGUCAGGCCCGUGCCGACGCCGUGGCCGCCCUGAAGCAGGCUGAGAGUGACAAGGCCAAGGCACAGGAGCUGGCCAGGGAAGUCCGGCGCGAGCUGCAGAUAUCGCGAGACGAGGCGCGCCGAGCCUGGGAAGAGCUGGGCCGCAGAGAGCAGGAAGAGCGGGACCGCACCAUCUCGCUCAGGAACGGCGAGCCCACCAUCGUCGGCGGCGUCCAGGUCGUGCCGAUGCUGCAGUCCGUCCCUAGCAGGCACACUAGCACUGCCAACCGGCCCCCAACCCGGGAGGGCCCUUACCCAGGCGGCCCCAGUGCGACCUCCAUGGGAGGCCAGUCACAGCAACGUCCCUUGCUGGAGACGACCGAGGCAACCGGAUACGGUGACAAUGGUCACGAUGCAGACCCCUUCAUCGAAUCAGCCAAUCCUCCCUUUGUCCCCGAAGCACCUCAGCCUCCCGGUCAGACGGAAGGCGGCCGCAGCCACUUCUACCAGCACAACCGCCAGGACAUCCACGGAGGCACCGAAGCAGACCCCAGCGAUGUCCUCUCCGAGGACGGCCGAACACCUAUCACCACUACUGGGGAUGGGACUACUACUACUCCCGCUACCGCCGUCACUAAUGGCGGUACGCAGCAUGCCUCUGAUGGCCGCCAACAGCUUUCUUACCCUCGCGCCAUGUCCGAUGAUAGUGACGAAUACACCACGGAGCCAUUCGACAAUUAUGUUACCUAUGGCUCAGGACCCCAUGGCUCUCCUGGAGCAGGAACCAGCACCGCAGACGACAGCCACGUCGGCUAUCCUGCGCCAGUCGACUACAGCGGAUCCGGAUGGGGGGUCGGCGGCUCUGGAUGGGACUCAGUUACUCCCCGUCACCGCCAUCCAACUCGGCUCAGUGACGUAUUGGAAGAGGACGAGCGAAGCCGUACCAGCCCCAGCCGCGCCAGCCAGACCAGUCGAAACAUGCAAUAG